AUGUAUGUUGGUGAAGAGUUUAACUCACGUGAAGAACUAGAAGCACGUGUGGUCUCGCUCUGCCAACAUUAUACAUCCAAUACCCAAGGCUUCAUAGAUAAUACUGGGCAAGAGAAAAAACGUGUAAGAUUUAGGUGUUAUCAAGACGGGAGUAUACGUGUAAACGUCAUCACAAACCGUGAACUAAGUCAUCAACAACGAACCGUGGCGUCACUGUGCCAUUUUGAAAUCGUAACUAUGACGACCAAAGAGAAUGGAACAUAUGUCGUCAUGACAGCGAACCUUGAACAUGAUCAUGCUAUUUGUCAAGAGAUUUACUUCCAGUAUCCAAACAUACGACGUAUGCAGAAGAGAAGAAUAUGGCACCAGCUGAAUAAAGACCAAUUAGAGGAAGUUAUUGAGUGGCUGAACACAGACACAUCAAACCAUCCAACUCUCCAGCGUUUGUACACGCUGUUGAAAAUGUCUCAAAAACGCGAAGUUCACUUAUCUUAA